GGAAACAUCUUUGUUCUUCUUUUGGCAGGGUUUUUAUAUUGGAGACAUCUCAUUCUCCACUAGACAGUGAUUGGAAGAAACAUCUGGCCCUCAUAAUCCCGAAGGGCCAUGGCUUUUGUACCUUGCAUGAAAUUUAGGCUUUUUUAAUUUGGUCUUGGUGGUUUUACAGGCAGCCAACCAUAACAAUCGGCAACAAAGAUACAUUUUUGCUUGUCUGAUCCUGUUACUUUGACGUAUUCCAAUAGUUGAUUUAGAUCAUGAUCCUUCCAGUAUCCAACUCUGAUCUCCUGCACUUGUCAAUUUUGGUGGUCUCAAAGUGAAGCAAUGAAUGUCUUCUUCAAACUUUUACUUUAGUAUACAAUUGAUCUUUUCUUAAUGGAUGUAUCAUCCUUCUCAUCAACUUUUGAAAGAUACAAGACCCUCCAUACCUGAGAGACAGAAGCUUCCAUGGGCACAUUUGUUGGACACUUGGUGCCAGGCCUGGCACUUACCUUUCUUGGCCUAUGGCACACCAUCAACAAUAUCAGAAACUAUUGUCUCAAGGGCUCUACGAAAUUUACAGUAAGGUUUUGGUACCCCUUCAAUGGCCCUCUUUCUAGAUUCAAACAUUUGGAGCUCAUUUUUAUCCUGUCUUUUUCCCUGUUAGCAAUUUUCAUGCAAAUUUUAGACUACCCUUUUCUUCGAUUUGCUUUCGAACUUGAUAGCUUCGAGCAUGCGAGCAUGUUUCUCCACCUUGCCAUAUUUGCAGGUUUCACUCUUUCUGCUGAAUUAACUCAGUCCUCUGAGAUUCUAUCUGCUGUUCCGGGAAUUCUUGUAGCGUCUGUUUUUGGUCAGGAGCUUUUCUUGCUCCAUUUCCACUCAGCUGAUCAUGUUGGACUUGAAGGCCAUUACCACUGGCUCUUGCAGCUCAUAGUGUCUGUGUCUCUCCUGGCAGCUUUAGCAGCAAUGCUUCUACCAACUAGUUUUUCCACGGUUCUUGUUCUUUCGAUUUCUGUUGUAUUUCAGGGUUGUUGGUUCAUGAACAUGGGAUUUAUGCUGUGGACACCUGAGUUUGUUCCACGAGGAUGUAUUAUGCAGUUGGCUGAAAGCAGCAGUGACAGCAUGCAUGGAGCUGUGACUUGCGAGUCACAUGAAGCAGAUAUGAGGGCCAGAGCAUUGGCAAACUUGCAAUUCAGUUGGAUACUCUCUGGAAUUCUGAUAUUCACAGGAUUAACCUGCCUGAAAUUCUCCAAAAAAUGCACCCUAGGGGCACAAUCAACUGAAUAUGAGCAACUUCAAGUUAAAGGCAGCGAUGUCCCCAUAACUAUUGAUAGCUUCAAGCGAGCUGAUCCUUAGGUGUUAGUAAAUUUUACAUGUAACCCUCCAUCAAUAACAAAGAAAUUGGAUCAGAAGGCUGAUCCUGAAAACUUCUACGCUAGUGAGUAAAUAUUAAGAUGCUCUUGUUCUGGAUUUGUCA